ACUUUUCUUUGUUGUUGUAAGUUGUAACGGAAUUUUGAAAUUUAAAUUUAAAAAACUGCAAACAAUGUUACAAUUUCUGAUUUGGUUAGCUCUAAGUACCAAAUGUGUACUGUGUGCUAAUAUCUUGUACGUAUCUUUGUUACCCUCACCAAGCCAUCAAAUCUGGAAUCGAGUUUUUGCCACUGGUUUGGGUAAGAAAGGCCACAACGUCACAUUAGUGGAUUUAGAAAAAAACAAAGAGCAAUUUGCAAACUAUUCCCACAUUUACAUCGAAGGUGCUUACGAUGUGAUGUACUCAAAAUUCGACCCGUGGGUAUUAGCAUCGUAUACACCCACUCAGACUAUUGCCGGUACCAUCGAAAUAAGCAUUGUCGUAUGUGAAGCAGCUCUUGAAUCUCAAGGACUCCAACAACUGUUAAAUUAUCCUCCAAAUUUUUCAUUCGAUUUAAUAAUCUUUGAUGUUACUCUGGAUUGCUGUUUCUACCCCUUGAUACACAGAUUCAACUACCCUCCGACAAUUGGGACAAGUCCUUGGCCCCUACCAUCAUUUUUAAUCUAUCCCUUCGGAAGCCCUUUACAACCUUCGUACACUCCAUGGUACGCCCUUCCAUACACCGAUGACAUGACUUUGAUGGAACGUUUCUGGAACCAUAUUUUCACUUAUGGUGAAACUGCAUUUAGACCCCACAUCAAAAAUCAGUUAGAAGAAAAACUCAUGGAAACCUUUGGUGAGGAUACACCACCUCCGAAGAAACUAGAGGCUCACAUUUCUUUACUGUUGUCCAACCACGAUCUCCUGUUAAAUUAUCCUCGAGCUUUGGCUCCUAAUAUAAUUUCAGUCGGAGGUCUCCACAUUCCAAAAACUAAAGAAAUACCAGAAGAUCUCGAAUCAAUAUUAAAUGGUGCUAAAAACGGCAUUAUCCUCUUCUCCUUGGGUACAAACAUGCAAUCCGACUUUUUAACCAACCAAACACAAAGAUCUUUAGUGAACGCUUUUGCAAACUUAUCAGAAACAAUAAUCUGGAAAUACGAAAGCGACAUCGAUAAUCUCCCAAGAAACGUUGUCGUUAGGAAAUGGUUACGUCAAAGCGACAUUUUAGGUCAUCCCAAUGUGAAGCUUUUCAUAGGACAUGCUGGAGGUCUGGGUACUCAGGAGGCCAUCUACCAUGGAGUACCGAUGGUUUGUAUCCCCUUCUUCCUCGACCAACACGUCAACGCGAAAAAGAUCGUUCGUGAAAAAUUGGGACUUUCUCUGGAUUACAAGAAAAUUACCACUGAGAAUUUUCUAAGUCGAGUUAGACAAGUAUUAGACAAUCCGGUUUACAGUGAAAAUAUAAAAACUCUUUCUAGAAUGUAUAGAGAUCGAAAAGAAUUUCCAUUAGAAACAGCAAUUUUCUGGGCGGAAUAUGCUAUACGUAAUAACGGAUGUCAGAUUUUAAAUACGCAAACCCGUAAUCUCCCACCUUACGAAGCGUUCAAUUUGGAUAUUGUUACUUUAUUCAUUCUUAUGUGUAUAGUUGUGGGUUUAUUAUUUUAUAAAGUGGUUAAUCUGCUGUUCAGCAAACUUGGAAUAUUGAAAUUAAAAACGAACUAG